AUGAACAAUUAAGAUAAUGCAAUUAAAGGGGUAUUAAAACAGUAGCUAAUUGUUGAUUCUGAAAGUGGUCCAUAUAAAACAAUUCAAGAAGCUAUAGAUAAGGCAGAACCUAAUACAGUCAUAAAAAUAGCUCCAGGACUUUAUUCAUCUAAUAUUGUCAUUAAUAAACCUGGUUUACGUCUAGAACCUAAAGAAAAAGUGGGAGAUAUUAUUAUUGUUGUAUCAUCAAAACCUACUAUUUUGGUUGAUUUGAGAAAAGAUGAGCGUUGUACUUUAAUUGGAUUGAAAAUGUCACAUAGUGGAACAAGUGAAGAAGUUGAAGAAUUGGAAAAAUUAAUUGAAGGUUAAGAAAUGGCAAAGCAUCUUUUUGGGAGUCAUGAAGAUGGAGGUGGUGGUUUAGAAUAAAAUCCAGAUGAAGAGUUUGUUAGCAAAGUUCCGAUAGAACCAAGUAUGAAUUGUGUAGUAUUAUUAAAUGGAGGCAAAUUAUUUAUGGAAGAUUGUUUGAUUGCAUUAAAGUAACAAUAAAUUAAAAUUGAAGUUUCAUUGUCAAAUCCUUUAAAGGUAUAUUACCAGGUAUAGCUGUAAAUUAAGGAGCUGAAGCAUUGUUCAUAAGAUGUGAAAUAAAAGGAACUUCAUCAAAAAAUUAAGAUGCAAAGACAAUAGGAAUUUUAGUUAAAUUAGGAGAUUUAAUUAUCAAGGAUAGUAAAGUUCAUAAUCAUACAUAUGGUGGUAUAUUGAUAUAAUAAGCUGUAACAAAUAAAAAUGUUCGUGUGAUCAAUAGCAAAAUAAUAUAAAAUAAAAAAGUUGGAAUUCAUGUAGUUGGUUCAGAUGCAUUACCAUAAAUAGAAUAAUGUAGAAUAGAAAAUAAUGAAGGACCUGGAAUUAAAGUAGGUAUUGGUAAUAGAGCUAAAAUAUUUGGAAAUGAAAUAAAGACAAAUGUAAUAGGAAUAGAAGUAUUAUCUGCAGAUCCAUAAAUUUUUAAUAAUAAAAUAGAUAAAAAUUUUACAGAUGGAAUAUUAACAAAAGUAUUUGAAUAAUUAAGAUGUGAUGGUAAAAUUAAAUCAAAUCAAACAAUAUCUGGAAAUAAAGAAAAUGGUAUUCAUUGUACUGGUUAAAAUAAUUAUACAAGGAUUGAUUCUAAUACAUUUAUAGGUUAUAAUAAAAAAGCUGGAAUUAAAGCUGAUACUGAAGCUCGUAUUUCAAUUCAUAAAAAUAAAAUAUCUAAAAAUUUGGGUUAAGGUGUAUUAUUAGUUGAAACAGCAUCUGCAGUCAUAGAAAAAAAUGAAAUUACUGAUAAUAUUAAAGCAAAUAUUGCAUUGGGUGGUGCAAAUUCUGUGGAUACAUUUAUAGUGGAAAAUAAGAUAUUAGGAGGAAGAUGUGAAGGUAUUUUUUUAAUAGAAUGUGGAAAGUGUUGGAUAUUUAGAAAUUAAAUUGCUGAAAAUGUAUUAAUAAUUAUUAUUUAAAUAGAAUGAUGGUAUAGUAUGUAUUACAGCAGUUCCAAUAAUAAGUGGUAAUGUAAUAUAAAAAAAUAAAAGUAAUGGUAUUAUGAUUCUAAAGGAUAGUAGACCUGAAAUUAGUAAGAAUAAUAUAAAUGAUAAUGAUGGGAUAGGAUUAUUUAUAAGAGAUAAAAGUCAUGGAAAAAUUAUAGACAAUGUCAUAAAGUCCAAUGAGAUAGAGUUAGUUGUUGAAAGGAGAAACCCAUCUUUAGAAUCAAUUGUAUAGGAAAAUAAAGUAACUGGAGAUAUUAGAAUUCCUUAGAAUUAUGAUUGUACAAUAUAAUGA